AUGGCUUCGUGCAUGUAUCGUGUGGGCGAUUAUGUCUAUUUUGAAGGCACUCCAAGUGAACCUUAUUUAAUUCGACGAAUUGAAGAAUUAAAUAAGACACCUAAUGGUAAUGUUGAAGCUCGUGUGGCUUGUUUUUAUCGUCGUCGUGACAUAUCAGCCUAUCUAGUUAAUCAAGUUGAUCGACUUAAAAUUGAUGGUCCAUGGGAUGAUGAUGACGAAGUAUCUACAGAUACAAAUGGAAGUACUAGUACUAAUCCAUCGGGAUCAACUGGCAAUAAUUCAUCAUCUCAAUCAACUGAAUUAAAUGAUACACAAAAACAUCAAUUACGUCAUCGGGAAUUAUUUUUAACACGUCAGAUUGAAACAUUAUUAGCAACGAAUAUACGUGGAAAAUGUUUAGUUACACUUCAUAAUGAAACCGAAUCAUUUUUAUCUUAUCUUAAUACUGAGGAUCUUUUUUUUUAUCAACUUGUUUAUGAUCCAAAUCAAAAAACAUUAAAUGCUGAUCGUGGUGAAAUUCGUGUUGGAGGAAAAUAUCAAGCUGAUGUACCAACACAACCUUUAUAUACUGAUGGACCUGAAGAAGCAAAUCUUCCAUCAAGAGAAGAAUUAAUUUGGGAUGCAAAUGGUGGUUUAACAGAAAAACAAAUUGAACAAUUUUUAAUUGUCGCUCGAUCAAUUGGUACAUUCGCACGUGCACUUGAUUGUCCAACAGCAUUAAAACAUCCAAGUCUUCAUAUGAGUGCAGCAUCAGCCUCACGUGAUGCUACUUUGUUUUUUGCUAUGGAUACAUUACAUAAACAUCAUUAUGAUUUAGCAUUAGCUACAUGUAGUUUAGUACCAAAUACAGGUCCAAUACUUGUUAAAGAUCAAAUGGAAGAUUGGUCAGCUGCUGAAGCAAAUUCAUUUGAAGAUGCUAUUGAAAAAUGUGGAAAAGAUUUUAUUGAAAUACAAAAAGAAUAUUUACCAUGGAAAAGUUUAAAAGGUAUUAUUGAAUAUUAUUAUAUGUGGAAAACAACAGAUCGUUAUGUUGUACAACGACGUUUAAAAUUAGCUGAACAAGAAAAUAAACUUAAACAAGUUUUUAUACCAAAUUAUAAUAAAGCUCAUCAAUGUUUACUUCCACAACGACCACAAGGUGAAAAUAAACCAUGUGAAUCAUGUGGAACUACUUCAUCACCUCAAUGGUAUCAAUGGAAUACAGCUCAACCACAUACACGACUUUGUGCAGAAUGUUGGAUUUAUUAUAAAAAAUUAGGUGGUUUAAAAUAUCCGAAAAAAAGUGGUCCUGAUCGACGACAAGAACGAGCAGCGAAUAUUAAUAAAUUAGUCAGCUAUAAGUGUACUGUUACGGGUUGUGUAAAGGAAUGUAAAAAUAAAUCUGCUCUUCAACGUCAUUAUGCUAUUGGACAUGGAAUAAUGUUUCGAUCAGGUAGUCCACGUCCAUUAUCAAAACCACGUAAUACAUUUGCAUUAUAUACAACACCAUUGUCACGUGCUGUUCGUCCAAUAUGUCCAAUUCGACGUCUUGCACGUCGUCCAACACAUAGUAUUGAUAUAAGUGAUAUACGUGGUAAAUGGGAAACACAUAUUAAUGAAAAACCAAAAGAAGAUAUUCGUAAUACAUGUACACAUCUUCGUGAUUUAUAUGGAAAAAGAAAAGAACGUUAUAAAAUAACUCAUUUAAAUGAUUUAUUUCCAUUUAAAAAUGAAAAUAAUGAUAUGAAAACAUUUGAUGAUUAUAUGCCAAAAUUUGAAGAAAAAAUAUUCAAUGAAAAUGAAACUAAUUUACCAAUGCGUUAUCCAAAAUUACAGGAAGAUUCAAGUGAAUUUUAUGCACAAUUUACUCAUAAUAAUUUGAGUAUUAUGAAAAAACGACCUUAUGAAUCUAAUGAAAGUUCAAAUGAAGGCCCAUCACCAAAACGAACAUUAAUUAGUCGACAAAAUUUAAUCAAAACAAAAUCACCGAGUACUGUUAAAUUAUCUCGAUCACGUGCUUACACUGUACCAUUUAUUGAUCCUCCUGAUGGUAUUUAUUUACGUGUAACAAAGGAUAUUAAACGUUUACGAAAAGAAAUUCCUCAAAAAGAAAUUCGUCGUAUUGCACGUGCACCAUGGAAAAAGCUUAAUACAAAUUUUGUCUCGUAUAUUGAUGAUGAUAUAGUUAUACUUGAUUAA